GCUCGGGCUGCUCGGGCGGGCAGCUGGCAGGUCGGGCAACCGUUAGCGCAGGUGGGCCGCCGUGGGACUCACCUGCCGUAUCGAGCAUAGGCGCGAGCACGAUAUCGACGCGGUGCACCGACUCGGCGACUCGACAACGUCAGCGACCCAACGUCAGGGAUUCUGCCGAGGGGCAGCGGCCACCACCGGCCUAUCUUACCGCUGCUUGCCUGCACAUCCUGCCCUCUCUGUGCGUGACGGGUGCUGUAGUGUAGCUUCCAGGGUUGUGAUAUGCUUUCCGUGGUUGCCUUGAGUUCGAUCGCGAGGUAGCAGCAGGAGCCACCGCUACCGUCCUCCACGCUGCUGUACCGUGUAAUCACUGCUGCGAGUCUGCGAGUCUGCCGCCCACCACCACCACCGCCGCCACCACCACUACUACCACCACUACCACCACUGCAGGUCUCGGAACUCGUCCCCUCGCCUCGUACGCCUGCAGCAGCGUCAGAGACUCGGUAAGUCUUCCUACCCCCCUUCUUGGCUCCCCUCACCAUCGAGCUAUAUCAACACCUGGUGCGUCUUCCCACGGCCGUGGACAUUGGACAUUGGACAUUGAACAUUCUGCCUGUCUGCCUCCCCGUCUUCGAACCCGCCAAGAUGGUAGCCAAGACGAGUACCAAGGCCGUGCUUUGCGGGACACUGGCCCUUGCAACCGGUGCCGACUGUCUCCGGACCUCCUUCACGGUCAGCGAGCUCAGAAGCAUCGUAGCACGCGAGGCUUCUCUGCAGGGCGAGUACACCAGCGUCCAGACUGCUCGGCAGGCCGCCGUUGCUGCCGACACCAACCCCAGCCUGCUCUACCCGGCCCACAACCUGUCCGUGCCUAUCGACCACUUCCACAACGACACUUUAUAUGAGCCCCAUACCAAUGACACCUUCAAUCUGAGGUACUGGUUCGAUGCGAGCCACUAUCAACCCGGCGGGCCCGUCAUUGUUCUGCAGAGCGGCGAAACCUCUGGUGUUGGCCGCCUGCCCUUCCUCCAAAAGGGCAUCGUGUCUAUUCUUUCGCAAGCCACAGGUGGCUUAGGAGUCAUCCUGGAACACCGUUACUAUGGCACAAGUUUCCCUGUCUCCGACCUCAGCAUCGAGAGCCUGCGCUUCCUCACAACCGACCAAGCCCUGGCGGACAUGGCCUACUUUGCCCAGAACGUCAAGUUCCCAGGGCUUGAGGAUGUCGAUCUCACUUCAGCCAGCGCUCCGUACAUCGCAUAUGGAGGCUCGUAUGCUGGAGCUUUUGUCGCCUUCCUCCGCAAGCUCUACCCGGACGUCUACUGGGGUGCCAUUUCAAGCUCCGGUGUCACAGAGGCCAUCUACGACUACUGGGCAUACUACGAAGCCGCGAGGCUAUACGCACCAGGCGACUGUGCCACCACGACGCAAAAGCUGACCAAUGUCGUCGACAACAUCCUGAUCGGCCAGAAUGGUACCGAAUGGGUGCAGAGGCUCAAGGACGUCUUCGGGCUGGGCAAUGUCACCCGGGACGACGACUUUGCUGGCUCAAUCUCGGGCGGGAUUGGCGGUCUGCAAGGCACCAACUGGGACCCGGCCAUCAACAGCACUAGGUUUGGUGUGUAUUGCGAUACCGUGUCCAGCGAUGCAAUCAUCUACAACGCCACAGUGGCGAGGAAGGCCGAGGCUGUCGAGAUACUAAAGGCCGGAGGCUACGAGGACGAGGUCGACGCGCUCACCAACCGGUUCCUCAACUACAUCGGCUACGUCAACCGUACUGUGGUUGCGAGCUGUGCGUCUCGUGGGUCAACUCAGGACGAGUGUGUGACAAACUAUGACUCCGAGUUCUACAAGCAGGACGAUAUUGGACAGACAUGGCGGGCGUGGCCCUGGCAGUACUGUUUUGAGUGGGGUUACCUCCAGACCGGGUCUGGCGUUCCGGCAGACCAGCUCCCUCUGGUCUCCCGCCUGAUCGAUCUGGACUACUCUUCGGUCAUCUGCAAAGAGGCGUUCAACAUCACCACACCCUCGCAGGUGGAGCGGAUCAACCAGUGGGGCGGUUUCAAUAUUUCAUACCCACGGCUGGCCAUCAUCGACGGCGAAAAGGACCCCUGGCGACAGUCUACACCCCACGCUAUCGGCCUCCCGGAUAGGGUCUCCACAAUAAGCGAGCCGUUCAUCCUGAUCGAAGACGGAGUGCACCACUGGGAUGAGAACGGGCUGUUCCCAAACCAGACCACAGCCGACCUGCCUCCUGCCCCUGUCAAAGAGGCCCAGGCCCAGGAGGUCGAAUUCGUAAAGGCGUGGGUGGAGGAGUGGAAGCAGGCCAAGGGUAAAUCCCAAGAGUCUGUGCCCGAGGUUGAGAUGGAGCUGUAACGGUGGACUCAAGGCAUCUGAAGGGCUGACGAGCCCCGGCAGCUGGGUCGAGGUUCAAGUCAUUCCUUGAGGACAGAGUGGCCAGGAUAUGCAUGCGCAGGACACUUGGUCGACCAAAUAAGAUCCUGUAAAUUAGCUAUUCUAGACCAGUUUGAUGCCAGUUCUGCCACUUGAAGAGUGUUGUAGAUACUUAAUUAAGUACUAAUAAGUGAC